AUGGCCCCCCAUAACGACGUCGCCGCAUUCCACGAGACACUGGCUUCAAGCAAGCGUAUCCUCGCCCUCUGCGGCGCCGGUCUCUCUGCCUCCUCCGGCCUGCCGACCUUCCGCGGCGCUGGAGGACUCUGGCGAAACCACGACGCCACGGACCUAGCGACCAUGAAAGCCUUCCGCCGGGACCCGGGCCUCGUGUGGCUGUUCUACGCCUACCGGAGACACAUGGCUCUAUCAGCGAAGCCGAACAAGGCGCACUAUGCCCUCGCCGCGCUGGCGGAGAAGAAUCCGGAUUUCUUGUGCCUGACGCAGAAUGUUGACGGCCUCUCGCCACGGGCAGGACAUAAGGAGGACCAAAUCCGCCUCCUCCACGGAAGCCUCUUUGAUGUCAAAUGCGCCAAUCCGCAAUGCACUUACAUCCACCACAACAACACCCAAGACCCCCUCUGCCCAGCCCUCGCCCCAGCCUCUGAAGACCUCGCAGACCCAACCAAGACCCUGCCACUUCUCGACCCCACCAAAAAGCUCCCCGCCAUCGACGAAGCAGACCUGCCCCACUGCCCAUCCUGCAAAACGGGCCUGCUGAGGCCAGGCGUCGUCUGGUUCGGCGAGGCCCUUGACGAGGCCAUGCUCGACGGCGUCGACGCCUGGAUCGAGCAAGGGAAAGUCGACCUCAUGAUCGUCGUCGGCACGUCGGCGCAGGUGUGGCCGGCCGCGGGAUACAUUCUCAAGGCGCACGCGGCCGGGGCGCGGGUGUGUACCGUCAACCCCGAGGCCGAGGAUGAGGGCCAGAUGGGCAAGGUGAAGAAGGGGGAUUUCGCGUUCGGGAGGGACGCGGCGGAGGUGUUGCCUUUGCUUUUGGAGCCUGUUAUUGGAAAGAUGAGAGCGGAUGGGCGGACGUAUACGGAGGAUUGGAAGGCUGAGUAG